CGCCGAUUCCGCGCCCAGUCUCCUCUGUGAAUAUGGCGACCCUGAUUUCUCAAUCAUCAUUUCCGGUUUGCAUCACCCCUCCUCCAAGCCCAUCGUGUCCGCAGGGACCCGUCUUGGGUACGAACCAACCUCAAUUGAGCCACAACCCGCCACUGAAGUUAUGCGGAGUUUAUAUUCACCCAGGACAACAGGGGCAUCUUCCCCAGCAACCUCUCGUCCCUCCACCAGCAAGCGAGGAAGUUGAAGUGAUACACUCAUCUUUGAAAAGGGCCAUCUCAUGUGAUAGUGUAUGUUCGGAUACCUCUGUAGCCCUUGGAGACUUGGAAAUGUUGAAUAUCACGGGUUAUUUAUGUAUAGGCCUAGAAUAUGACAGCGAAUGUUGGGAUUUAGUUGUUAAUGUCCUCGAAGCCAAGGAUCUGUCGGGUGUGGUGAAAAAAGACGAUACGCUAGACACUUACGUCCGAGUGUCUCUCUUACCCGACAAAGAAGCCACUAUUCAAACAAGGGUGUACAGAAGCUCUGGCAGUCCCAGCUAUAAGGAACGGUUCCUUUUUUCCAUGAAUCCUAGGGAACAAUCUCAGAGGCUGCUUUAUUUCCACGUCUACGCCACAGAUUUUCUAACACAUACCCUGGUAGGUGAAGGUGAAAUCCGAUUGUCAGAAAUAAGUCUCAGACAACCUGUUACAACGUGGGUUACAUUAACUGAUACUGGUCAGAAAGGAACUGAGUUCGGAGAAUUGAUGUUUUCUCUUAGUUACCUUCCUACUGCUGAAAGGUUGACUGUCGUUGUGGUGAAAGCGAGGAAUUUGAGAUUUUCUACUGAAUCACCUGGGGAAGCCUUCGUAAAAGUUUAUCUGAUGCAACAAAAUAAAAAAAUAAACAAAAAGAAGACUUCCGUCAAAAAAGGAGAUAAGUGCCCUAUUUUUAACGAAGCUAUGAUGUUCAGUGUGCCUGCUCAUACACUAUCGACAAUCCAACUACGUUUAACUGUGGCUGAAUGUUCUACAGAAGAGAAUCCCAAGACUUUUCCAAUAGGACAUGUAAUAGUGGGGGCUCAAGCUAGCGGCCGCUCUCUCAGUCAUUGGAAUCAGAUGCUGACCGCCCUCAGAAAACCUGUAGCAAUGUGGCAUUCUCUCAGAAAAUAGACUGAAGAGCUUUUAGAUGUAUUACAUUAAUUUUUGAUAUUAGGUAUUGCGAAAAAGUAUACAAGGUUCAAAUGACUACGAACGUUGGGUAGCAGGUAUUUCACAGAAUUGGAGAGCAUCGUUUAUAUUUGAUAUCCGAGGAUUGAGUUCUCUGUCGGUCCCAUAUAUUGCGUCUUCGUGAGUGGAGAUGUCACAGUUGAGUCCAGCGAUGCAUUUGUGGUUCAGCCUAGCACAACUGACGAGAUCUAUGGCAGGUCGAAAAAGCGGUGUCUGGUGUUGAAUCAUUAUUGUGUUAUUUAUGGGCUCUGGUUUUCAACUAAUAUUCAUUCACCUAACAGAAAUUGAUCAAAAAUAGGUGUUUUUUUUAUUCAGGCUCAACUCAACAAAUUAGGCGAUUUUCACUUCUCUCGAAUAAUACUAUCAAGUAUUUUUAUAGUUUUUUACCAUUAAUUCGUUUCACAGAGAUGAUUGAAUUGGCGGAAUUUCCUUCACAAUAAAUUCAUAGAAACACUGA